AGAUACAAUAAGGUGAUGGCAAUCGGUGAUGACUAUGGGGGUCCCUGUACGGGAACCUGUUUGGCGAUAAUUAGGGGCCCCUCCCUUCCUCCUUCCUGGUUCCCUCGAGCCCCUUCCCUGAGCCCCAGGUAUAAAUCCUGCUGUGUGGGACCGGCACCCGGGAAUCUGGUCACUCUGAUCUCCAACAUGGGUCCUGGCAUCAUCUCCCUGCUCCUGGCACUCAGCCUGUGCCCCCUGCUGCCCAGCGCACAACCUGACAAGCCAGGCGAUAUACCACCAGGGCCACCUGGACCUCCUGAACCACCUGGACCUCCUGAACAACCUGGACCUCUUGAACCACUUGGACUUCCUGAACCAACUUGGGAACAUGGUGGGUGGGGCCAUGGACGUCCCUGGAAGAAGCCUGGAGAAUGCCCUGAAGAUGUGGAUUUCUCUAGAUGCGGUGGGUGGAAUAACAAUCCAGACUUCAAGAGAGAAUGCAAAAGGGACCGAGACUGCGACGGGCAAAAGAAAUGCUGCUUCUCCAAGUGCAGGAACAGGUGCCUGUUACCUCUGCAAGAUAAGGGGGAUUUCUGCCCCUACUUUGAUGACCGUAGAUGCAGGGAUGUCCGGACAAAGCCAGGAGAAUGUCACAAAGACAGUCAGUGCCAAGGGACAGACAAAUGUUGUUAUAAUGAUUGCCGCCAACAGUGCACCCCAAGUGUAAAAGAAAAACCUGGAUCCUGCCCCCCGCCCCCAUUUUUCUGUCACCACCAUGAUGGGUGGGGUGGUCGAGGAUCCUGUAAAACUGACCGCGACUGCCCUAAUGUUGAGAAGUGCUGUGCGCCAAGGUGCCGGCGGAGGUGCAUCAAUCCUUAUGCAUAUAAACCAGACAACGAGGUCCCUGUCGACAUCAAUGUGAAUCCGAAUCCAAAUGCCCCAGGAAGGAGAUAGGCUGCGGGAGGCAAAGUACCGAGGUCUGAGGAACAGAAAUGAAGCAGCCGGUUGAGCGUAUAUGGGGACAAGAGCUCCAGACAAAUAUAAGUUGGGGUGAAGCUCUAAACCCCUUUCUGUGCUGAAUAGAUUGGGGGUACAUUGUAGCAUUCUGCGCAUCAGUCUCCCAGCAGAGGAGGCUUCACAUGGAAUUCUGAGGGGUAUUGGCUUAACAGAUUUGGGCUAAUGGUGCAAUGUUUUGCUUGGGGCUCAUAGCUUUGGGGGGCUCUGUAUCUGCCCGUCUGCCACUAAAUGUAUCUGUGCUCAAUAAAGGAGAUCUCAGUGGAAAA